GGGUGGAACAUCAAAUCUCAUCAUAUUGCUCCUAUCUACGAACCUGUCACAAGCUUCUUGUUUAGACGGAUUCUAGUCGACAGUGUUUAAAUUAUAUAACCGAGUUUCAUUUGUAUUCAAUAAUCCAUCAAAAUGUUCAGUAAGGUUGAAAUGCCAAGCGAUGCGUUCUCGGGAAAGUCGGUGGGGGAGAAACGACAGUCCCCGACAAGAAUAAACACGAAGACCGCAUUGCUGGGACUCCUUUUGUCGUUUUUGGUUGGUGUAGUAAUCGUGCAGACGGUAUAUUUGAAGCAAGUUGCACACAGGCUCGAAAUUGUGGAAGAAAUCGCAUGGUUGAACACACAGACUAUGGGUACAGAAACAAUGACUUUGCAUGAAGCGGAGUCGACCAACAACACAAACAGGAACAGAAGGUCAGCCAGUGUAUCGGGCUACCAGAUACGUCACAGCAGUAUGGUACCGAAUGAACAGAAUGCACCGAGUUUGCCGUCUGCUCACCUCGUUGCCAACGUAGAAACAAGUGUUGCUGCAGGUACGAUAUCAAUCAAACAACCUACCAACCAACCAACCAACAAGUCAACCAGUCAGACACUGCGAUUUACAAGCUAG